AUGUUUAUAAUCCAUCAACUUCCAAGACUUCAUUUUUUGCACAUACCUAUUUCACCGCUCACAACCCGCAAAUCCAAAAGACUUUUUCUAAUCACCUCUACGCUGUUUUCCACUCCAAACCCGGUAUCCAUACCCAAAUCCGAAACCGGACCCGCAUCCCUCUCUCACUUCUCAACAAGUACCAGUCAAUCACCACAUCAAGAGAACAUACAAUUGUCUCUUGAAAAGCUGUUUGUGCCGCCGGAAACGGAGGUUUCAGCGCCGGAGAAUGGGAUCUUGAGUGCAAGAAUCUUGAAGGGCUCGAAUAUUGUGCUGAGCAAGUAUGCUGGAGGUGGUGCUGAAGUAGUGAAUGCGGAGUUUGUGAAGAGCAGUGUGACAACUGAGGACUGCCCCUCGAAUGGGCUCCCGGAAUUCGCUCUUGUGGGACGGUCCAAUGUGGGGAAAUCAUCCCUGCUUAACUCCCUUGUCAGGCGCAAACGCCUCGCGCUCACCUCCAAGAAGCCUGGAAAGACACAAUGCAUCAACCAUUUUCGCAUCAAUGAUAGCUGGUACCUUGUGGAUUUGCCUGGCUAUGGGUAUGCAGCUGCACCACACGAGCUUCGGACAGACUGGGACAAAUUCACGAAAGACUAUUUCUUAAACCGGCCUACUCUUGUCUCUGUAUUCCUUCUAAUUGAUGCUAGCAUUCCUGUAAAAAAGAUUGAUCUUGAGUAUGCAAGUUGGCUGGGCCAAAACCAGAUUCCUAUGACUUUAAUUUUCACCAAGUGUGAUAAGCGGAAGAAGAAGAAGAAUGGAGGAAAAAGACCUGAAGAAAACGUGCAAGACUUUCAAGAGUUGAUACGCGACUUCUUCCAGACAGCACCACCUUGGAUUAUGACCAGCAGUGUCACAAAUCAGGGUCGAGAUGAGAUACUGUUACAUAUGUCUCAGUUACGAAACUACUGGCUCAAGCAUUAA